ACCCCAGCCAUGCCUGCCUGUCUUGGAGCCAACUGAGUGUGGACUGAAACCUCCAAAAACUGUAAGAAAUAAACCUUUCCUUUCCCAGCCUUGGGCUUCAAGUAUUUCGUCUCAGCGAUGAGUAAAAAGUAACUAAGACACUGGCCAAACGUAAAGGCACUCAGACUCCAGCUAGCUGUUGGCUGGCUUCAUCCUCACUCGGCAGGAUUGAGGGACACCACCUGCCCUGGUUCCGUCCUGGGAACCCAGGUUGGAACUUCGCUGCUGGCUCCGAAGGUCUCCAGUGGACACCUGCACAUCUUCUCGGGAUCCUCCUCUGUCUCCAGGAUUAUAGCCCCCGACGCAGUUCGAAGGAGAAGGCGGUGUUCACCAUGAACAUCGGCAGGGAGGGGCCGGUCAAGGCCCGGGGCCCGGAGCUGCCCCUUCUGCCUGCUGUCCUGCUGCUGAGUGCAGCCAUGCUGUUCCUCCCAGUGCUGGGGACCCCGAAGCGAGACCUCCCCCGGCUCCGGCUGAGCUACAAAGACUUGCUGCUGUCAAACAGCUGCACCCCCUUCCUGGGCUCCUCGGAAGGACUGGAUUUCCAGACCCUUUUGCUGGAUGAGGAGAGGGGCCGGCUGCUCCUGGGAGUCAAAGACCACAUCUUCCUGCUCAGUCUGGUCGACCUCAACAAGAGCGUUAAGAAGAUCCACUGGCCUGCUCCCAAAGAACGAGUGGAAUUAUGCAAAUUAGCUGGGAAGGAUGCCAAUACAGAAUGUGCCAAUUUCAUCCGCGUGCUUCAGCCCUACAACAAAACCCACGUCUACGUGUGCGGCACCGGAGCCUUUCACCCCAUGUGCGGAUACAUUGACCUCGGACCCCAUAAGGAGGAAGUCACAUUCAAAAUGGACCUACAUAACCUGGAGUCCGGCAGACUGAAGUGUCCCUUUGACCCCCAGCAGGCGUUUGCCUCUGUGAUGACAGAUGAGUACCUCUACUCGGGAACGGCAUCCGACUUCCUGGGCAAAGACCCCGCGUUCACACGGUCCCUGGGACCCACGCAUGACCACCACUACCUCAGGACUGACAUCUCCGAGCACUACUGGCUCAAUGGAGCAAAAUUUAUUGGAACUUUCCCCAUACCAGACACCUACAACCCAGAUGAUGAUAAAAUAUAUUUCUUCUUUCGCGAAUCAUCUCAAGAAGGAAGCACUUCUGACAAGACCAUCCUUUCUAGGGUUGGAAGAGUCUGUAAGAAUGACGGCGGAGGGCAGCGCAGCCUCAUCAGCAAGUGGACCACCUUCCUGAAGGCCCGGCUGACCUGCUCCAUUCCCGGGAACGACGGGGCAGACACCCACUUUGAUGAGCUGCAAGAUAUUUAUUUACUCCCUACAAGAGAUGAGAGAAAUCCUGUAGUAUAUGGAGUCUUCACCACAUCCAGCUCCAUCUUCAAGGGCUCCGCAGUGUGCGUGUACAGCAUGGCUGACAUCAGAGCUGUGUUCAACGGGCCCUACGCCCACAAGGAGAGUGCAGACCACCGCUGGGUGCAGUACGACGGGCGCAUCCCUUACCCCCGGCCCGGCACGUGCCCCAGCAAGACCUACGACCCGCUGAUCAAGUCCACCAGAGACUUCCCCGACGACGUCAUCAGCUUCAUCCGGAGGCACCCGCUGAUGUACAAGGCUGUGUACCCAGCCUCGGGAGGCCCAACCUUCAAGCGGAUCAAUGUGGACUACAGGCUCACCCAGAUUGUAGUGGACCACGUGGUGGCCGAGGAUGGCCAGUACGACGUCAUGUUCCUCGGGACAGAUGUGGGGACAGUGCUCAAAGUGGUCAGCAUCGCCAAGGAGAAGUGGAGCGUGGAGGAGGUGGUGCUGGAGGAGCUGCAGGUGUUCAAGCACCCAUCGAGCAUCCUGACCAUGGAGCUGUCUCUAAAGCAGCAACAGUUGUACAUAGGCUCCCGAGACGGGUUAGUGCAGCUCUCCCUGCACAGAUGCGACACCUACGGGAAGGCGUGUGCAGACUGCUGCCUGGCCAGAGACCCCUACUGUGCCUGGGACGGAAGUGCCUGCUCGCGGUAUGCGCCCACGUCCAAGAGGCGGGCAAGGCGCCAAGACGUGAAGUACGGGGACCCGAUCACCCAGUGCUGGGAUGUGGAAGACAGCAUUACUCAUGAAACUGCUGAUGAAAAGGUGAUUUUUGGCAUUGAGUUGAAUUCAACCUUCCUGGAAUGCGUACCCAAAUCCCAACAAGCAUCCAUUAAGUGGUACGUGCAGCGGACAGGAGAGGAGCUCUGUGAGCUGAAGCCGGAUGAGCGGGUUAUCAAGACCGAGUUCGGGCUCCUGAUCCGCAGCCUGCAGAGGAGGGACUCGGGCGUGUACACCUGCCAGGCCCAGGAGCACAGCUUUGUGCACACCGUGGCCAGGCUCACCCUGACCGUCAUCGAGAGCCAGCAGAUGGAGGGCACCCAGCGUGUGGAGCUCGAGGAGGGCCCAGCCAAGGACCUGCUGACCGAGUCACAGCUACGCUACAAGGACUACCUGCAGCUCCUCAGCAGCCCGAGCUUCAGCCUGGACCAGUACUGCGAGCAGAUGUGGCACCGGGAGAAGCGGCGGCAGCGGACCAAGGGCAGCCCCAAGUGGAAGCACGUGCAGGAGAUGAAGAAGAAACGCAACCGCAGGCACCACCGGGACCUGAGCGGGCUGCCGGGGGCCGUGGCCACGUAGCCGCGUGGUCAGCGGAGAGACGAUGUCAUGCUGCCGAGAUGCCGCCUUCCGCACUGUGCGACCUCUCCCUCCCCUGUAAACGCUUUCCCUGGGCUUUCGGACUCUGACAAAUGUGCUCUGGGCAGGGGACACGGGACUCAUGGGAACCGCUGCCCUCGGGGCAGAGAACACUCAAGUCUUCAGAGCAUAAGCAUCAUCCUCCCAACGGCGCUUUGCAUCUGCCAGUGCCCUCCUCUGGGUUUUCUUGUUCAUGCUGUCCUGUACAGAAGUGAGCGAGGGAAGCAUCCGCCUUGGUACAGGCUGAGGUGCAUUCUUCUUCCCCCCUCUCCCCUUGUGAGUUCUCUGACAUGGCGCUCACUAUGCGGUUAAGCUGUGUUCCCGGGACCAGAAGAGUUGCUCCACCCUGGACCUGCUAUCUUGGGUAGGAAUUGGAGGAGACUCAGAGGUUCAGUCCGCUCCUAUCGUUACCUGAGACUGUCCUGGGAGAGUCACUUGGAGCCUGACUUGGGAGUGUGCAGGGCUCCAGCAUUUCUUCCAGGCUCCAGGGUGCCAUUUAGCUCACUGCAGCACUGACUUAGAGAAGGACAUUAACACUGCUCCCAGGAUCCCUCGUGAUUUUUAAGGAGAAGCAGGCUCACGGACAGCAAUCCGGGCCCGGGGAUGGGUUCCUGGGAUAUGUGCUGAGUGCUACAGGAACGGAACGCUUGAUGCAUACUUUAGUAAGAAUGGGACCAUAUUUUAAUAAAAUAAGGGAAGUAUCCUCAUGUGCACAGCUUUCUAAUGGCUUUCCAUGCAGAUGGGAUUUGUUAGGAGACAGACGCAAAGACAACCAUAAAUUCUGGCUGUGGGGAAAGCUCCGAUUCCCAUGAAAAAAAGAACAAUCACAAAUAAAGUAGACAGAAUGAAAUGGGGCUUUCGUCACAGGAAUAUAGGUAGCUGCCAAUUUGCAAUUCAUCUGUUAAAAAAGAUAUAUAUUAUGACAAACUUCUAGCAAAACUCUGAAGAAAAAUAAAAAAGUAUUAGGGACCAGGGGAGGGAUGGGCAUAUUUUAUUUUUUAAGGACGAGUAUGGGCUUCCUCCCUCUAAGUAUUUAUCUCCUCUGUGUAUAAUCUCCAUUGUUUCCUUUAUUACCCCAGGCAUGUGGGAUUACUGGAUUACAUUUGAGUGAAUGAGGAGAAACCACGUAGAUUCCAUAGAGAACUUGGGAGACAGCUGUGUUGGGUUGGGGUUAGAUACCCCGGUCAACAAAACUUGUGCAAAAUUUUGACAACAGGAAGCAUUGAGCUAACUCUCCUCAUUUUCUUGAGGCAACAUUUUUGAAUUUCUGAGGUGUUAUGUUGUAAUUCAAGUGGCAUUGUUUCAGCAAUAACAGUGACUCAGGCUCCCACGUGUAAAGAAGCAGCCUCACAACUCAGCAGGACACCUUUCCUAUCUGUGGGCCCGGUGCAGCAUUCAUAGCUCAGCUUCCCCUGAAGGAGUGCAGGGCAGCCCUGCCCGUCUGAGUAGGGCUCAUCUUCCCUUCCACCCCACAAUCCCUAGACCUCUUCUGCUCCGCCUGUUCGCGCCCUCCAGAGUAUCGACAGAAAAUCAGUCACUGCCUCCUAGAAGAGGCAGAAGGCUCUUCAAACAGCGAAACGGCACUCAGCCGUGUUCUCACCCAUCCUCCAAGUCCUACGAGAACCUCUGUGCGUCCCUUGUGUAGACUCACUACAUGUGUGACAGCCUGUGCUCCCAGUGUGUUUGGCCUUUGUUUUCUUUGCUUUUCGUCUCUUUCAAAGUAGUCACCCUAGUCUGUGAGGCCCAGCACCCUCUUUUUGAUAUUGCUGUCAUGCAUGUUGGUAGAUACUUCACUAUAAGAAGCAAUAAAGUAACAACUUUGGUAACAGUGAACCCGAAGGAACUCUACCAAGCAGUGCGUAAGAAGACAGGUAGCAGGAUCGGACUACGCCCUGAGUGUAAGCCCUGGGUGGGUUUUUGCAGCUAUGAAUCUGGAAAGGUUAAAUGUCCCAGGAGCUCAGAGCAGGCUCAAAGUGACUGCGUGGGACACAGUGCUGUGUGCAUUUUCAAGGGUAGGGAGUUUGAACAUUACAGCUGCCCUGUGCAGAUACACUAUAUUCCAACACAAAUGCUCACAACACUGUUAAAUUGCUUCUCUCUAUAUUUAAUUUCAGACCAUACUUUGGGAACCUAUUUUAUGUUUUAUGUAUAAAAAUCUGGCAGCUUUGGGUAUAAAGCUAUUAAUUUAUGGUAAUUAGUUAAAGUAUAUUGAAAAUACUAGUAUAAUACUAUCUCAUAUAAUAAAAUGGGACAAAUAUUUAUAUGUAUAUUUUAAAGAUAGAAAAUAUCUGAACCACUUUUAAUUUUUCCACGUUUAGUUGCUCAGAACACCUACAGCAACUGUGUGAUUAUGUUCACCCUACAGAAAUAGUAAAUACUUUCUGGCCACUAAUUUUGCCACAUCUGUUUGGAAACAGUGAAAAAGCAACCACAGUUAAUGCAGUGCUUUCCGACAGCCUAACAAAUCGGCUCUCCAGGAAGCGGGCUUGCGAAUGCUGGGUGUUUGGUUCUAGUGCAUGUCUCUGUCUUCCUGUGUGUCUCCCCACACGGCAUUCCAGUGACUUACAUUGCUAAACGGAAUUCUGGCUGUCAACAUUCAUUAUGUCCAAUUUACUAAGAAUUUUAGGAGUAUCUUUAGAAAUGGAUAGUUUAAUUAACUGUGCAAAAGUUUUUCUUUCCUAAAAAGCUUAAAAUCAUUCAGGUGAAUGAACAAAAAUUUCAAAGCAUCCAUCAAAUUACUCAAAUAAUAAAAAAAAACUUCAUAGAAAUAGUACUUUUCAAAAGUCACAACAGUAGAGAAUUGUAAUGCAGUCUCACCAUUUUGUUGAUUAAUUCUCAUAACAUGCUGGCAAAAGUGGUUUUAUUUCUGAACUAUUCUUUGAUCUGUAUUUGGUUCUUCAUAGGGUAUUAUGUUUUACUCUUGUUGAGUUGUGUGGACUGAACUAAAAUAUAUGUUACCAAACUCAGUGCCUAUUUUUGAAUAUUACCAAAACUGAACUUCUAACGGCAACUUGGUGUCAUUCAUGUUCAGAAAAUAAUAAAGUUAAGGAAAGUCAUUCAUUAAACCAUGAUCUUUGUCAAAGUUAAAUAUAUUUCACACAUGUAAUUAAGACAAAUGUAAAUCAAAACUGACAGUCCUCCUUUUUAGAAUGUCACAUUUGUCUUAGACAACAUGCUUUAAUUGAUUAAUCUUGGAUACUUCAGAAAAAAAGAUAUUUGAAAUGUUUUUAUAGAAAGAUGCAUUUUUCUCAUGUGAUAACAAUAUUUAAAGAGUUCAGCUGACACGUGAGGUUAAAGAGCUGAAUUCUAACAGUCCCGUUUCUUCCCAUAGGAAGUGCAGACAGGGGCGUGCAUAUGAUUUAUACCCCUCAUGCAAAUAUUUGUAGUAUGUAAAGUAUUUAUGGAAGGUUUGAGGUAGAUGAAGUUUUGAGGGGAACAAAAGGGCAAAAGUCUGUCAGAAGCCAUAAUUAAUCAUGUAAUUUAAUCCUAAUAUUGUGAGUGGUUAGAAAUCAUCUUUGAAUUGAUAGUUUUGCUAUUUUAAAAGGAAUGUAGUACUGUAGUAUAAAAUAAUUAAAAUUUUAAAUGUAUAUUUUGAUUUUAUUAUAAUAAACACAAAUAUUAAUAUUCUGUGAUUACAAA